AUGUCUGAAGAGCCCUAUGGUGAGAGACCCAUCACCACCUCCUCUACACCACCAUGUCUGAAGAGCCCUAUGGUGAGAGACCUAUCACCCCCUCCCCCCCCACCACCAUGUCUGAAGAGCCCUAUGGUGAGAGACCCAUCACCCCCUCCCCCCACCACCAUGUCUGAAGAGCCCUAUGAGCCCUAUGGUGAGAGACCCAUCACCACCUCCUCUACACCACCAUGUCUGAAGAGCCCUAUGGUGAGAGACCCAUCACCCCCUCCCCCCCCACCACCAUGUCUGAAGAGCCCUAUGGUGAGAGACCCAUCACCCCCUCCCCCCACCACCAUGUCUGAAGAGCCCUAUGAGCACUAUGGUGAGAGACCCAUCACCCCCUCCCCCCCACCACCAUGUCUGAAGAGCCCUAUGGUGAGAGACCCAUCACCCCCUCCCCCCCCACCACCAUGUCUGAAGAGCCCUAUGGUGAGAGACCCAUCACCCCCUCCCCCCACCACCAUGUCUGAAGAGCCCUAUGAGCCCUAUGAUGAGAGACCUAUCACCCCAUCCCCCACCACCGUGUCUGAAGAGCCCUACGGUGAGAGACCCAUCACCCCCCCCCCCACCACCAUGUCUGAAGAGCCCUAUGGUGAGAGACCCAUCACCCCCUCCCCCACACCACCAUGUCUGAAGAGCCCUACGGUGAGAGACACAUCACCCCCUCCCCCACACCACCAUGUCUGA